AUGACAGAGAAGUAUGUUAAGGACGACGAAGGCAACCGUGUAUUCCCGGUUACCGGUUGCCCACCCUACACGAUAAUAUUCUUUACCGUGUACUCUGGAGAGAGAGAGACUCAUAUCGCCUCAGUGCCAAAGUUUCUUCUUUGUUGGAGAAAGAGAGAGAGAGAGAUUAUGGGAGAAAACGGGGUCACCCUUGAAGAGCUGAAGAAGAGAAUGGCGGAGUUCGCGAGCGAGAGAGACUGGGAUCAGUUUCACAGCCCUAGAAACCUCCUCUUGGCCUUGGUUGGGGAAGUUGGGGAGUUGUCUGAGAUAUUCCAAUGGAGAGGCGAAGUAGCAAGGGGACUGCCUGGUUGGAAAGCGGAAGAUAGGCAACACCUUGGUGAGGAGCUCUCAGAUGUGUUGCUAUACCUGGUCAGGCUCUCUGACGUGUGUGGCGUUGAUCUUGGUGAGGCUGCACUGAGGAAGCUGCAGCUCAAUGCCAACAAGUACCCAGUCCACCUUUCCAAGGGCACUUCCAGAAAGCACACGCAGAUCAAUGCACAUGCACCAGCAGUUGUUGACAGCAAUGGGGAUUGAUGGUUUGGUUU